GCGUUCCAGAAAACGCUCACGCUCGGGGCUGCGGGAGACACGCCUACGCCUAUACGGUGGCACUUUUUGUGGGGUGCGACGGUUCUCUUCGAGUUUUGGCCGGGGCGGGGGUCUGGGCUUUAGGCACAUUUAGUUUUCACAAUGUUUGGGGACCUAUUUGAAGAGGAUUGUUCCGGUGUAUCAAAUAAGUAUGGAAAAAGGAAGAAAUUAAAGACCAAAGCAUUGGAGCCCCCUGCUCCUAGAGAAUUCACCAAUUUAAGCGGAAUCAGAAAUCAGGGUGGAACUUGUUACCUCAAUUCCCUCCUUCAGACUCUUCAUUUCACACCUGAAUUCAGAGAAGCUUUAUUUUCUCUUGGCCCAGAAGAGCUUGGUUCUUUAGAGGAAAAGGAUAAUCCUGAUGCAAAGGUUCGCAUCAUACCUUUGCAGCUGCAGCGGUUGUUUGCGCAGCUCCUGCUCCUAGACCAGGAAGCUGCCUCCACGGCGGACCUCACGGACAGCUUUGGGUGGACCGGCGACGAGGAAAUGAGGCAACAUGAUGUGCAGGAACUGAAUCGCAUUCUCUUUAGCGCUUUAGAAACUUCUUUAGUUGGGACCUCAGGCCAUGACCUCAUCAAUCGCCUCUAUCACGGAACCAUUGUUAACCAGAUUGUCUGUAAAGAAUGUAAGAAUGUCAGUGAAAAGCAGGAAGACUUCUUAGAUCUAACAGUAGCAGUCAAAAAUGUGGCAGGUUUGGAAGAUGCUCUCUGGAACAUGUAUGUAGAAGAGGAGGUUUUUGACUCCGACAACUUGUACCACUGCGGAGCUUGUGACAGGCUGGUGGAAGCAGCGAAGUCGGCCAAAUUACGUAAGCUGCCUCCCUUUCUUACUGUUUCAUUAUUAAGAUUUAAUUUUGAUUUUGUGAAGUGUGAACGAUACAAGGAAACUAGCCGUUACACAUUCCCUCUCCGGAUCAAUCUCAAGCCUUUUUGUGAACAGAGUGACCUGGACGACUUGGAGUGCACGUACGACCUCUUCUCGGUCAUCAUACACAAGGGUGGCUGCUAUGGAGGCCAUUACCAUGUGUAUAUUAAAGAUGUCGAUCACUUGGGGAACUGGCAGUUUCACAAGGAAAAAAGUAAACCGGGAGUGAAUCUGGAAGAGCAUCAGAAUGAAGAGGAGAUUGAUGACCCGCUGAGGAUUCUGAAAGCGGUCUUGUCCCAGGAGGCGAAUAAUCUAAUUCCUGUUGAUCAGCUUGGCCAGAAACUUUUGAAAAAGAUAGGAAUAUCUUGGAACAAGAAGUACAGAAAACAGUAUGGACCACUACGAAAGUUCGUACAGCUUCAUCCUCAGGUGUUUCUGCUCAGUUCGGGUGAAAGCGCAGUCGGUCUGCUGAACUGCUCUCCGGAGGCGGAGGCAGACUCCCUGAGAAAGGACCAGCACACUGUCCAGACACUCACUUCAGACUCCGCAGGAUUAGAUGGUAGAACCUCUCGUCCGCACUGGUUUGAUAUAAAUGAUUCCAAGGUCCAACCCAUUGAGGAAAAGGCUAUUGAGCAGCAAUUUCAGGGCAAGGAGAGUGCCUACAUGCUGUUUUACCGGCAGUCCCAGCUGCAGAGACCUGCUGAAGCUCGUGCUAAUCCCCGACACAAGGUUCCGUGUCAUUUACUGGAUGAGAUGGAUGCGGCCAACACUGAACUUCAGACAAAAAGGGCAGAAUAUGAUUCUACAAACAAUAAUAUCGAAUUACAUCUCCACCUGGGCCCUCACUACCAUUUCUUCAAUGGGGCCCUGCACCCCGUAGUCUCUCAAACGGAAAGCGUGUGGGAUUUAACCUUUGAUAAAAGGAAGACUUUAGGAGAUCUUCGACAAUCCAUAUUUCAGCUGUUAGGAUCUUGGGAAGGAGACAUGGUUCUGAGUGUGGCGAAGCUCCUGCCAGCGGGCCUUCACGUCUGCCGGACACUUGACGGAGAUGGCCUGACACUGUGCGAACUGGACGUCACUGACGAGGAAGACAUCCUUGUGUGGGGUGGAGUGGAGGUUGGUGGAAUCCAGAUUCCAACUGGUAGUGACUGUGAACCUCUGCUUUUAAAUGUUGUGCACCUAGCAACAAGCAGCGAAGGGUGUCCUCGGGUGACGGAGUCUCCGCACGUCUUUCCAGCUAAUGCAGAAGUAGGCAGUGUCUUCCCAGCCUUAGCAGUUCCAGUCGGCGUGGCCUUCAUCCACAAGCCUGAGUCUGCAGGCGAGGAGCGCUGGACGGCCAUUCCCAAGGAGGACCUGGCGAAGACAUUCCGAGAACAGGGUCUGGGAAACGGAAGUUCAAUUUUGAUCCAGGAUUCCAGUGAUGAGAAAAAUAGUUUGUUGGCCAAACAAAGGAAGUGGAUCACUAGUGUAAAUGAGGUCGACUGGGUCCAAGUCAAAAAUUUAUGUCAAUUAGGAUCAGAAGAGGAGCAAAUUACAAUAUCAGCAACUAUGAACACAGUGGUGUUUGAUAUUCGAAUUAAAGCCAUAAAGGAAUUAAAAUUAAUGAAGGAACUAGCCGACUGCAGCUGUUUGAGGCCUGUCGACCGGGACGGGAGGCUUCUUUGUCCAGUGCCAGACAAUUACACUUUGAGGGAAGCAGAACUGAAGAUGGGGAGCUCACUGGGGCUCUGUCCUGGAAAAGCACCGACCUCCUCUCAGCUGUUCCUGUUCUUUGCUGUGGGAAGCGGCACUCAGCCUGGGACUGAGAUGGAGGUCGUUGUAGAAGAGACAGUGUCUGUGAGAGACUGUUUAAAGAUAAUGCUGGAGAAAUUUGGCCUAUCAGGGGACACAUGGCAUUUACGAAAAAUGGAUUGGUGCUAUGAAGCUGGGGAGCCUUUGUGCGAGGAAGAUGCAACACUGAGAGAGCUUAUGAUACGUUCUGGAGACACUUUGCUUUUAGUUGAAGGAAAACUUCUUCCUCCGGGUUUCCUGCAGGUGCCCGUGUGGUGGUACCAGCCUCGGGGGCCUGCAGCCCAGGGGAAGAGCCUUCGGGACCAGACGACCUGCACCCCUUCUCCGGGUGCGGUCUGGAGAGCUGCUUCCGCCCCAGGUGCUCCUGGUGAUGUGUGCAAGGACACUUCCCUCCGCUACCUGGGAGACCUGGAAAUCUCAGAAGAUGCCACUCUAGCGGAGCUCAAGGCUCAGGCCCUGACCCUGCCCUCGCUGUCGGAGCUCUGCACCCCGUCCCCGGCUUUCCUCAGAGCCUGGACAGUGGACGGCCAGCGCCCCGGCAGGCUCUUGCGGGACGGCCAGCAGCAGCUCAGGGAGCAUAAACUGGGAAGGAAAGCCAAGGUCUGCUUGGAGCCCCUGCAGGAAGAAGAGUUCUUAGGCCCCCGGGACAUGCUGCUGAGGACGAGGAUGCGCCUCCCCGGCCAGCGGGCCUACGCCCCACCCGUGGACGUGGUGUGGGACGCCACCCAGGGCACGGCCGGCUCCUUGCGGCAGCGCGUGGCUGAUUUCUACUCGCUUCCCGUGGAAAAAAUCGAAAUUGCCAAGUACUUUCCGGACAAGUUUGAGUGGCUUCCAGUCUCCAGCUGGAAUCAGCAAAUGACCAAGAGGAAAAAGAAGAAAAAGCAAGAUAAUUUGCUGGGGGCACCCUAUUACCUGAAGGACGGGGACACUGUCGGUGUCAAGAAUCUCCUGGUUGAAGAUGAUGACGACUUCGGAACAGUCAGAGAUGACGUUGGAAAAGAGAACCAGACACGGCUCACUCUGGGGACAAGGACGAGCCAGGAAGCUCUUCAUGUGCGGAGCAGUGACAUUUUCUCCAGUGCAGAGACGCCUGGCCCGCCCCAUAGACCGGAAGCUUCUCUCUCCAUCCACGUCGGGAGUUUCAGAUAGCCCCGGCCCCUGCAGAUGUGCCGUGGGCACCGCACCCAGUCAAAGCUGGUACCGGAGCAGCUGGCGCCUGGGCUGGGUUGGCAGCAGGCGCAGGGCGGAGCCCUCGCUCCUCUGCUCUGCGAGUGCAGGCUUGUCGGCUGCCGCCUGGUACGCACACAGGUGCCAAGCCACUGCGUUGUUGCCACCCAGGGGACAGUCUCAGGCCAGGCAGGCUCACUUCACCACCACGCUACACAGCACGUCCACCUGUGGGGGGCCCGCGGAGACCAAGCCAUGUCUACAGGUGCUAGUCAGACGCUGUCCCCACACCACACUGACCCCAGCUGCCAUCGUUGUAAGAAGAGGUCCGAGUUCUGCAUCAGCUGCAGGCAGCCUGGAUAAAAUGGCCCGUGCUGACCGCUGAGCAGUGUGCGCUUUAGUGCACACGGCUACCCUGCCCCCGCAUCGGUGCCCGCACUCCAGACGUGCUGGCAGCUCCACUCCCUGAGGGGCGCCGGGCCAGGCUCAGCUGUGUCCUGGCCCCCACACAGUGCACGGUGACCCUCAGGUCUGCAGUCAGAACAUUCCCACUGCCGCAGUUGGAAGCCCAGCUGGGACGCUGCUCGGGACCCACGAGGCGUGGGCGCUGAGCUGCCAGUCCUAAGAAGCUGUGCUUAAAACAGGAAAAGGAAAUGUGAACAAAGAUGCUUUUCCUACUCGUUCGGCAUGAGUGGCUAACCAUGGGAUUUAAAAGCUUUAACCAAUAUUUGUGACAAAUACAGAGUCUCUUACUGAAUCAGAUGUGGGACUCAGAUGAGCCACUUAAACUCGUCCAAAGCGGGAUUCCUCAGAGAGCAAGCCCUCCACUUUCUCCCCCCAGCCAGGCUUUGCACAGUUCUGGCCUCACACAGACUCCUCGGCAGCCCUUUCUCACUGGGGUUCAGCUGGCCCUUCCAUGUUAAGGGAUGGACAGGAAGCGUGGGCAGACCGGGGCUAGGUCUCAGCUGCCAGGAGGGAGUUAUGCUGCACCCACGUGGCCUUUCCACAGACUGGGGCACUAGGUGCGGCUCUUCCAGCCCGUUAGGAACCAGGCAGCAUCUGUGUGAGGUCGCGGGUCUCAGGCCCUGCGUUCAUUUGUGCCAAUGCAGUGUGCUGGAAGGAGCGGGACUUGGGCACGCUGCCCUCACGUCCUCCAGCGCUCGGCCGUCUCAGGACACUGCACAUGGGCACUGGGCGUGUCUGGAAGCCCAGCCCUCUGCACAAACUUCUGUUCCUGUGACGGUAGCUGACACGCCCCUUUGCCGGGCCCCUCUUUCAUUGUAAGGUAAUAAAAUAUUAAUGCACUAA